AUGGCGUCCGCACACCCCAAUCUCUACAGCUUCCCCGACGCCGAAUCCCUGGCUGGACAAUUGCGAACCUACGUCCUCCGCUGCCAGAACGCCGCCCUCGCCCGCCAUGACACCUUCCGUGUCGCGGUCUCCGGCGGCUCCCUGCCCGGCCUCCUAGCCAAAGCCCUCCUCGCUUCUGACGACGGCACCCCCGAAGAUAUCCCCCACUUCUCUAAAUGGGACAUCUUCUUUGCCGACGAGCGCGCUGUACCACUCAAUCACGAGGAUAGCAACUACCGCCUGCUGAACGACGAGCUCAUCUCCAAGAUCCCCUCCGAACUCGGCACACCGGUCGUCCACCCGAUCGACGAGAAGCACGUCGGAGAUGAGGAUCCCCAGGAACUGGCCGAUCUCUACCAAGAAGAGCUGAUGCGCGUAUUUGCCGGCAAGGACAGCGUCAAGUUGCCCGUCUUCGACCUCAUCCUGCUGGGCUGUGGACCCGACGGCCAUACCUGCUCGCUCUUCCCUGGCCACGCUUUGCUCCGCGAGAAGGACGCUUGGGUCGCUGCUGAGAGUAACUCGCCCAAGCCUCCGCCUAAGCGCAUUACCCUGACCCUGCCUGUUGUCACCCACGCUGUCAGCAUUGCCUUUGUAGCAACUGGUUCGGGCAAGCAGGGGAUUCUCAAGCAGAUCUUUGAUCUUGAGGAGGGUGCUAGCCUGCCUUCUGCGCUGGUCAACCAAGGUGCUGGUGAUAAGGUUACUUGGUUCACUGAUCACCAGGCAGUGGACGGUGUCUCGUUCCCUCGUCGUGGAAGUCUUUGA